AUGCCUCGUGGGCCCUCUGGAUGCUGGACCUGCCGGGUCCGGCAUCGAAAAUGUGGCUUGGAGACACCAUCCUGCAAGGAAUGUACUGACCGCCAUGUCUACUGCCAUGGGUAUGGGCCCAAGCCUACUUGGAUGGAUGGUGGCUCCGAAGAGCAAAAGGAACGAUCACGCAUCAAAGCUGCUAUCAACCAGAAUUUUCGUCAUGUCAAGAAGAGACAAAAUAGAGCCCGCAUGAGCCGAAGCCUGAGCGAACAAUCUCGGCCGUUGCCUGGAUCGCGAACAAACCAAGCGAACGGGUCAGAAGGAGAAAUCGUGGCCGAUGAAUCCCCAAUUUCAGUUGCAACUCCUCCUCGGCCUCUGCAUUCGUCAUAUUGUCCCAAUGACCUAGGGAAUGCGGCGCUGCACCAUGAGGAAGACAGCUCAGACCGAGCCUUCGAGCUCAACGAGAACAAUGAGGACCACACCCUAAAAGAUGCUGCUGAGCUUACGACUACUCCUAUCCCGCAGUCUUUGGGCUCCAAUGGCCUUGAUCCGCAAGAGGCAUAUCUUUUGAUGUAUUACCUUGACCGAGUGUUCCCAUGGCAAUUUCCGUAUCACGAUCGCCGAUCGCGGCUAGGAAACAAGGGCUGGCUCUUUUUACUAUUGAUGAAGCGAGGGCCUCUAUACCACGCCGCUCUAAGUCUAGCGUCUCUUCACCAGAGCGCCAUGAUCGGCACAGAAGAGGAAUUCCAGCGGAGACAAAAGGCAUUAGGUCAUCACUCACAGGCCCUCCGUGAACUUUGCGAUCUGAUGACCGAAAAAGGCGACAAGUUACGGGAUGACCACGCGCAAUUGACCGAGUUUUUGACCUGUAGCUUCAUGCUGAUCAGCUUCGAGGUUUUCAGCGGGGCAGAGAAUGACUGGUUGAUGCACCUUGAUGCUGUCGCUUCUGUCAUGAGCCUACUGUCCCCGGAGGUCAUUUUCAGCGCGCAUCCGUAUCACCAUAACGCGGGUAUGAGCGCGCUCGAGCUUUCUGACCACAGAAUAGGAGGCAGCGAUGGUCUGGAGUUCCUCGUGGUGAGCGUUAUAUGGUUCGAUGUCUUUUCGUGCCUGUCGACGGGGAGGGCCCCCCGACUUCCUUAUCAACGCUGGCUUCAAAUCCCUGGUCUCAACACUGCGGACCUGUUGGGUUGUUACAACUGGGUCGUCGCUGUGAUAGGCGAUCUAGCACGCCUUGGUGUCUGGAAAGAUCAGCAAGAUAAAGACGGCUUAUUAAACAUCCGAGAGCUCGCCAGCCGAGGCCAGGAAAUUGAGAUGCGUCUCGAGAAGGGUAUUGAGGGGCUUGAUAUUGCCAAAGGGUACACGGGCUCCGAAUCACUCAAGGACUGGGUGACGCGCCUUUUCGCGCUUGCUGCAUUGGUCUUACUGCAUACAACUAUCUCCGGCCCGCUACCGGCCCUCCCAGAGAUAAGAAGUGCGGUGGCCAGAAGUAUUAUCGCACUCCGAGGCAGGCCAGAGAGCUAUUCCCUCACGGGCUCAGUGUGGGCGCUGUGCGUGAUAGGCUGCAUGGCAGAGCCCCAUAUUCGGCCGUUUUUCGAGACAUUGAUGACGGACCUUUUGCGUGAUGACUCCGGCAGAUGCGGCAAUAUCCCGACGGUUUUCAAAAUUAUGAAGAGCUGCUGGAAAAUGCAGGAGACUACGCGGGCGGAUUGUAGAAGUGCAAUGUCGGAUAUGGGGUUACAUCCGAUUCUGAUAUAG